CGCCCGCGCGCCCCCGGGUCUCUAUGUGGGAGCUCGCGCAGAGAGGCUCAGUCAGCUGCUGGAUGUUUGUGACCAACAACAAACAGAACCCCGUCGGGCUGUGGGACCUUCUAAGGACACCGUUAUUUAGAUAAGACAUGUCUUGAUGUCCAGCGGAAGUGCACAGUGACGUACUACGUCCAGGACGGGGAGCGCGCGCUGUCACAGGUGUUGAUCAACAAGCAGAAAACAACAGACAUGAUUCCUUAUUUCCCCUGAGGAACCGACCAAUCAGCAGUCAGGAUGAUGCCCAAGCAGCUGGCUCACACGUCUCCAGGCAGCGUUUUGUCCCUGAGAGCCUCCAGCGUCCCGGGGUCUCCUGCAGCCGCCAUCGUGGCCCGAGUGGAGGACGGGUUGAUUGGCUACAAGGACCUGGCGGCGCUGCCGAGGGACAAAGCCAUCCUGGACAUCGAGAGGCCGGACCUGAUGAUCUACCAGCAGAGCUGCUGCCCCCGAGGGGGCAGUGAACGCCUCGCACGGGAGGGCAGUGAACGCCUCGCACGGGAGGUCAGCAGAUUUAUAAAUACGUCCUUGUCUCCUCGCUCCUUGUCUCCUUCUCCCUCCCCCGAGAAGGAGUCCAGGGAGUGGCUGGAGAACCGUUCUCCUGGAGGUUCCUCUCCUGUUUCCAGUGGAACCCACAGCUCACACACUCCAGCACACACACACUCGUGUGGGUCCAAGUCCUCCAAGCAGCACUUCCACAGGCCCGAAAAUGGCUCCAACAUCUAUAAGAAGCCUCCAAUCUACAAACAAGAAGGGGGGGGGUCCUCUCAGCCCCCCCUGGGGAAGCACAUGGAGGAUCUGAUCAUCGAGUCCUCAAAGUUCCCUGCAGCUGAGCCUCCGGACCCCAGCCUGCCCUCCAAGAUAGAGACCGAGUACUGGCCCUGCCCCCCCUCCCUGGCUGUCAUUGAAAAGGAGAGCAGGAGGAAGGAUCAGAGAGAAGAGGAUGAGGAUGAAGAGCUGAAUGAUGAGCUGUGGGGACUGAGAGCUCUUCAGAAACAAGAACUCAACAAGAUUCAGUCUAAUCUGGGGAGGAUCAUCAUGAAGGAGGAGCUUCAAAAGUCCUCAGCUUCUUUGAGGAGGAAGACUCGCUCCUUACCGGACCGAAGUCAGCACACAGGGUCCAACGCAUCCCGGCCCGUGUAUUUCCCAGCAUCCUCUAGGAGCGGUCUGUCCCAGGUGAGUCUCGGUGAUGGACCAAUCACAGCGCAGCGCUGUAGCGUGACCCGCCUGCUUCUGCUUGUGUUUCAGCUCGACGCUGCAGAGGUCCGCUCGGCUCAGAAGACUCCGGCAGAUCUUCAGAACGGAGACUCCAGGAUGGAUCGAGGGAAUUCUCUCCCCAGCAUGUUGGAACAAAAGAUCUGCCCGUAUGACGUGCUGGUGGUGACCCACAGAGGGCGCAGCAAGCUGCCCCCUGGAGUGGACCGAACCCGGCUGGAGCGUCACCUCUCCCAGGAGGAGUUCUUCAGUGUCUUCGGGAUGUCCAUGGAGGAGUUUGAUAGCCUCUCUCUCUGGAAGAGGAACGACAUGAAGAAGAAAGUCUGUCUCUUCUGACCCCCCCGCCCCCCUCCCUCGUUACCCUGAGGAAGGGCAGCCUGCAGGAGGACACGGGGCAGCACGGAGCGGGUCCGUGUCCCAUGACCCGUCCAUGCAGACGUCUCAGUGUCAUCACACACGUCAACACAACGGGACAAACACAAAGACACAGAAGACCCAACAGAGGAUCUGAAUAUAUUAACUUCUAAUAACUCACAUUACAGUUUGUCCGUAGAUCCAGAGGAUCCAAGUAAACUAACCAGCUAGUUAACAUGCAAACUAGUUAGUUAACAUGUAACCAGCACUUGUUACCCACUAAUUACCAUCACAUCAGUCGUAGUCCUGAUGUGACCCGGCAUGUCCUCUGGGUUCCCUUAAACCCAGAGGACAUGAAAUAUGAGACACAGAAGGUAGCUCAUCACGUCCUGCUGCUGUGGGACAAAGUGAAAUGUUUUCACUGGAGACUUCCAGGAGGAACCUUCGUUCCUCAAUUUGAACAAUAUCAGGUGUCACUGAAUUAAUGCUAUAAGCUCACAUUUGAACGUUCGUUAGCUAGUUAGCAGUUAGCAGUUAGCAGUUAGCGCUGUGGAUCUGAGGCUGAUGGUUGAAGGUUCUGGUUUCCUCCUACUUCAGCUAUUUAACUAUUCAAGUUCUGACCCGGUAUCAGGGGACGAAUCAGAUCAAACUUCUUCUGGUCUUUUUUUCACUAAUUCAGCCAAACCCACUGCCCUGUUUUAUCUCAGCACACACACACAUAUAUAUAUAUAUAUCUAUAUCUAUAUAUAUAUAUAUAUAUAGAUCUAUAGAUCUAUCUGUAUAUUAGUGACAGAACAACGUGCAGCUAUUUUCUAGUGACUCACAGAGAAGCAUGUUUGUUAUUCAACAUCUAAAUAGAAAAAUGUUAAGAAGUGAGACGACAGAUGGAAUUAAAGACUAAAGGACGAACUGAGGCUGGCCAGAUGCAUGAUGGGAAACCGCAGGAGCCUCCAAACGUAGUGAUGAGAAUGAGGACAGUCAUCAGGAGGGACAUCUGCUACCACACAAAGAAGACGUUUUUAUUUAAAAAUAAUUCAUUUUGAAAAUUGACCAGAAUCUAAUUCCUAAUUUCGUGCCCCCCCCCCCCCCCAAGAAAACGGUCCGUGAGGGAUUAAAGGUUGGGGCUGGACUGAAGAGCAUCUAAAGGAGGAAGGUGCUUCAUCUUCAGCAGUCAGACUGUAAACAAGGGUUCAUCUUCAUCACCAUCAUCCUCAUCCUGACCAUAAUCUCCAUCAUCAUCAUCUUCCUUUAUGCAUCUUCCUCCCUGAGUGUGAACAUUUCAAAUGAAAUCCGUUAGAGAUGGUAUAAUUAUAAUAUAAUAUAACAAAUACAUGUAUAUCAUACCUAUUGCAUAUAUAUGAUAAUGUGAUAAUUGUGUAUAUAUUCAGUACCAGUCAAAAGUCUGGACACAUUUUCUAAUUCAAUUCAAUGAGUCCAAUCCUUUGACUGGUACUGUACAUAUACACAUAAUAUACAUAUAAUAUACACAUAAUAUACAUAUAAUAUACACAUAAUAUAUACAGGUCGUGUAUGUGUACAUUAGAUGUACUUUCUGCUCUCAGACUGUGUUUUUAUUGUAAAGGUAAAAUGAGCAGCACCUUUAGCGGUUCAGAGCCGCGUGACGUUCAGGGACCCCUCCCCACAGUCAGUCAGGACAAACUCACCUUGCCGCAAUCGCCAAAAUACCAGCGCCGUAUCCUGCUCACCGCCACGUCUGCCUCCCGUAUCCAUGGAAACAAUAGAGAGGUCAUGUGACUGAAGUGAGCGAGUGGUUUGAUGAUUGUUUGUGUUUUGGGUUGGAAACAGGAAGUGGGUUGAUGUGACGAUUGCCAUGACAACACAACGAUUGUUCCAUGUUUUGUUUCUUCUUUUGUACUUUUGGUUUUUUUCUUUAAGUGAAUUAUCUCACGCAGAGCGACUUUGAGGGCGUGUCAGGUAUUAUGCAUGAUGUCAAGGUGAUGAUGUCAUACAUUUGUAUCAAGACGCCAGCAGGUAAAUGCUUCUUUGGACUGAGGUCAGAGGUCAGGCUGAGGUCAAGAGUCACAAUAAGGUCAGAGGUCUCUGCUGCUGGACUGUGGACUAUUGGAUGAAGAUGUGAUUGUUGUUGUUGUUGUUGUUGUUCUCAUAUCUGGAUGCAGAUGAUGUAACAGAUGAAAGGUGAUGUGAAUGACUUAUAGUUACAAUAAAGAGCGUUUGGAUUUGC